AUGGCCAGCAAAGCCAAGCCCGACGCCGAGACCCUACAGGUCCCUUGGGGCCACCCGCGCCUCCAGCUCGGCACAGCGGCGGGCUGCAGCGUCGCGGAGGUGAUGGCCGUGCUGUUCUUCCACACCGUGAGGUACAAGGGGGACCCCGAGCACCCGGACAACGACCAACUGGUGCUUCGGGGCCACGCGGCCCCCAUCCUGUCGGGGGGGCUGCUGGAGGUGGAGCGGGGCGGCCGGGUGGACUCGGUGAGCCGGGAGAAGGUGCCCUGCGAGCUGGACCGACAGCCUGGCCCUCCGCCUCAUUCGUUCGCGCCCGCCUCCGCUGGGGCCCUGGGACAGGGGCUGGGUGCGGCCUGCGGGGUGGCCUCUGCGGGCAGGUACUUGGACAGGGCCGGCUACCAGGUCUUCUGCCUCCUGGUUGACGGCGACUGUAGUGCUCCAAGGCCUUGGCCUUUGCCGCCCACUCUGGCAGGACGACCUGGUGGUGAUCCUCGAGGUGAACGGCCCGGGGCAGAGCUCACCUCAGACGGACAUGGCUACCAUCAAAUGACCUGUCCUCCGGAUUACGGCCUGGGGGACAAGAGAGCGACCUGCAUGCGAAGCUUAGGGUGACUGGCUACUCUGGGCCACGCUCACAGGAGGUUCGUUCUUGUUGGGAACACCAAGAACUCUACCUUUUCUGAGCUCUUCAGGGAACAACAGGAGCCCCAGCGCUUCCUAGAGCGCUUCAUUGCCGAACCAAACACGGUCAGCGUGUUACUGGGCUGUGCCACCCGUUUCAUGAGCACCUUUGCCGCCUUCUUGACCCAAGCCUUUGACCAGUUCCGAAUGGGAGCCGCCUCUCGAGCCAACAUCAACCUUACUGGUUCCCACUGUGGGGUGUGCCUUGGAGAAGAUGGACCUUCCCAGAUGGCCCUGGAGGAUCUAGCCCUCUUAUGAAGCAUCCCCAACUGCACUGUUUUCUAUCCAAGUGAUGCCAUCUCCACAGAGCACACUGUUUGCCUGGUGACCAACACCCAGGGAAUGUGCUGCAUUUGGACCAGUCGACCCCGGAUUUACCCUCCAGAGGAGAAAUUUGAGAGCAGGCAGGCCAAGGUGAUCUGCUGGGCUGCGGACAGCAAGGUCACAGUUAUUGGAGCCGUCACUCUGCACUAAGCCUUACCUGCUGCGCAGCUUUUUCAACAAGGACUUUCUAUCGGUGUCAUUGACCCCUUCACUAUCAAACCUCUGGAUGCCUGCCUCCAUCGUGGCCAGUGCCAAAGCCAGGUUGUCACAGUGGAAGAUCACUACAAGACGGAGGCGUCUGAGAAGCUGUGUGUGAAGCCCUCUCUGGAGAAGCCGGUGUCUGUGGUCAUCACAGGAGUACUUUGCAGUGGGAAACCCCGGGAAUUGCUGGAUCUCUUUGGUUUCAGUGCCAGACACAUCAUCACAGCUGUGAAGGACACCUUCAUUUGCUGGUCAAUGAAGGCCCUGGAGGGGCCUUGGUCUUCCUUACAGAUAUGUUUGUAUUAA